AGCUUCAGCUUCAGCUACAGCUACAGCUACAGCUUCUUCUUCGUAUCUUCUAUUCUCUCUACUAUGGGGAAUCUGCUCUCGGGCCAAGCGCACGACGGCAAGGUCGUGCUCCCCGACGGCACUGUCCUUGAGCUCGACCGCCGGACGUCCGUGGCGGAGCUCAUGCUCGAGCACCCGCGCCAGUACGUGCUCGACCUGCGGUCCCUGUCCGCCGGCAACUCCAACGCUGCACCGCUCCCCGCGGAUCACAUGCUGGAGGCCGGUAAGGCGUACGUGAUGCUUCCGAUGGCCCAUGGGAGAGCCACCGGCUUGUCGGCGGGCGAGGCCCGUCGGGUCCUGGCGGCGGCAACCCGAUCGAUGACGAAGAUGCAGCAACCGCCGUGCACGCGCGCGGUGGGGGUGACGGAGAGCGAGCGAGCGGAAUGGCCGGCAGAGGAGUUUGAGGAGGGAACGGAGUUCUUCAGGCGGCAGCAUUCGAGCAAACGGUGGAAGCCGAGCCUUGGUACGAUAGAAGAGGAGAGUUUGGAGAGGAAGGUGCCUCAUUGGUUGUUUUAAGAGCUGCAAUUGCAUGUAACAGUAGUUAUUAUGGUUAUGUG